UCCGCCCUUCCCCCUGCCCCCAAGAUGGCGGCUGCCGGCGGCGCUCCGGUGCGGCUGCGGCUGCAGUUCGAUUUCCCGCCGCCGGGCAGCCCGGGCUGCGCGCUGUGCUGGUUGCUGCUGGAGCCCGGCCAGGCGCGCCUGGUCACCGACCUGCUCAGCAUCAUCCGCCACCGCUUCGGCUUCAGCCGCCGGGCCCGCCUCAGCCUCUUCUUGGACGGAGCGCUGCUGCCGCCCACCGAGAGCGCCCGCCUCGUGCGGGACAACGACGCGCUGCGAGUUACGCUGGAGGAAAUCGCGGCAGAGGGGUGUGAAGAGGCGGACGAUGACUUCUGCGCACCGAAAGAUGAUAGAAAAAGGCACAAACGAAGGCAGAAGGCGCAAGGCAUGUCCAGAAGCGGAGAAGAAAAACAUCAAAAGGAAAAGAAAAAGAGUAAACGUAACCCGGAAUGUUCCUCUGGUAGGGAGGACACCACUGGGGAUGUUUCUGACACUCGGAAAAAAUCCAAAAAGAGAAAGAGAAGGGAAGAAAACAGUGGGAUGGUUCCCAGAUCUUCUGAAGGGAAGAAGGGAAGUGCUGACAGACCCCCAAAGCUCCAGAAGGCACAGAGGGAGGAGCGGCCAGCAGCCAGAGAGAAGGACGGGCAGCGGGCAGCAAAGGUGGCCCAUGGGCGGGCGGAUGGCAGUGCUACUCUGAUGGCUGCUAAGAGCACCUCCAAAAAUCUGAUACCAGAGGUCCGGAAGCAGAGGGUGGGAACAUCGGAGUCCUCCAGCGCAUCGUCCGACAGUGACAGCAGUGAAUCAAAUGUAAAGCACAGUAAAUCUUCCCACAGACCUGCAGCAACAGCGCUUCCCAGAGACAAAGCACAAACUGCAAUGACUGCUGUUGCUCGUAAUCAAAUGUCUAAUGCUGAACAUUGCAGUAAGACUGCAGUUAGUAAAAACGCUAAGAAAUCGCAGUCCUCCAGUUCAGAUUCUGACUCAAGCUCCGAGGAUGAAAGAGCAGCAGCACAAGGCAGUACUGCAAAGCAGGCGCUGCCCAACAGUGCAGCAGCAGCACAGACUGGGCCCACUGGUGCUCCCAAAGCCAGGAGCUCCUCCUCCGAGUCGGACAGUUCCGAUUCGGAAACACUCGUCAUUAAAAAACCUGCAGCCAAUGCUGGACUGAGUAAUUCCAUAGCAACAAAUGGUUCCAAACAGUCACCAGUGGGAAUCCAAGGGCCGGCUGCCGGGCCGGGGCGUGGGAGAGGGCGUGCAGCAGGAGAGGGGAACUUCUGGAGAGGACCGAGGGGCCGGGGGUUCCGGGGGAUGGUGAGGGGUCGGGGCAGAGGAGAAAGCCCUGGCUUCUUCUAUAGCUACAGCAGUGAAGGCCAGAAACAGAGGCAGUUACACGAAGCUGUGACAAACACUUCUGUUCCUGUCCAGAAUGCUGUGGAUGUUCCCAAGAGAGACUACAGCGUUCUACCACUUCUAGCUGCCCCACCACAAGUGGGAGAAAGAAUUGCCUUUAAGCGCUUGGAACUAAAUGAGAACUACAGUCCUGAAGUUUCAUCAUAUAAGGAGGGGAGAAUAAUCAGUUGGAAUGCUGAUAAAAAACAGAUCGAGCUUGAGAUCCUUUCCUCAUCAGCAAGCCAAAUUGCUAAAGAGCCAGGGAAGUUUGAUCUGGUUUAUCAGUCUGCAGAUGGGGCUGAGCUGAUCGAGUACGCCGUUCCUCAGGACACAAAGAUAACUGAAAGUUGGGAUUCGCUGAUUGAGCCCAGAUUAAUUGUUGAGCCUCCAGUUAACGGAUCAGGCAUUGAAAACGGAGCAGUCUGAGAUGUGAACACGUGUAAAUACUUGUGUGGACUUGUUUCAUGAGAAGCUGCCUUCCAGUUCUGAGGGCAGCAGGUGCACUGGUGGUUAUUUUUCGUACAUGGUUUUAAAAUAAACACUGUUUUCUUAAGGUAUGGUUUUGUGGUGAUACGAGAAUGCUUUGUUUAGUAUAGAUUUAAUAUAGAUUCGAUUUUUUUUUUUAAAUAGAAUCUUAGUUUUUAUAUUCUACUUCUGCGAGCUGCAAAACUGGAAUGGUUUGAUAGAAAAUAUAAAAUAUGACCUUGUGCUGUGUUGGUAGCUCUGCUGCUAUGUUCUGUUUUGUCUAGAGCAGUGUAUCUGCUAUACAGAGCUUGCUGUAAGGAUAAUUAAAAACCACCAUUGAAAACAA